GGGACUCCGGCGCGGGGACCACAACUCCCAGAGUGCUUCGCGUGCUUGCCGCAGCCACCGCCUCCGCCGCGACCAAGAUGGCCGGGAGACUCGCCACCUUCCUCAAGGAUGCCUGGGCCAAGGAGCCGGUGUUGGUCGCGUCCUUCACCAUCGGGGGCCUCGCUCUAAUUCUGCCCACCCUCAGCCCCUUCACCAAAUACGCCACCAUGAUCAACCAGGCCACGCCCUACAACUAUCCAGUGCCCCUCCGAGAUGAUGGGAACAUGCCUGACGUGCCCAGCCACCCCCAGGACCCCCAGGGCCCAAGCUUGGAGUGGCUGAAGAACUUGUGAGCACCCCCG